AUGGCGCGCAACGGUUGGGCAGCGAUCAAGCAAAAGCGCGCGCAGUCGGACGCCGAGUCCCGUGCGAGAGCGGUGGCGGCUGAGCGCAGCCGCGCCGCGGGCGAGGAGGCAGGGUCCAGCAUCAGCAGCAGCAAGGCCACCCCCACCAGUAGUCGCAUCAAGCUCACCCAUCGCUGGGACAAAUACGCGGACGUCGAGGAGCGGUGGCACGCAGAUCUGGAAGGCAUCACGUACGAGCCGGGCGGCGAUUACAAGGGGGCGCUGCUGAAGGUGCGCGACGUGGACGUGGAGAGCCGCAUGCGCGAUGCCUGGCAGGCGAUCAAGCCCAAGCUGGCGCAGCGUGUGCCUUUCAGGGGCGCGGCCUACGUGGAGGCGGUCUGGUACUUGGCGACCAAGCGCCGCCUGGCUGUGAGGAUCCACCCAGUUGCGGCCAAGAACAAGGAGCUCACCAACGUGGCCCAGGCCGAGGGCUUGGACGGUUUCUGGGCCAAGGCGUCCGAGGCGGCGCUGACGGACAUGGAGGAGACGGAGCACCGCGAGUCGGGCUGGAAGCUGCUGCGCAUCAACCGCGUCGGCGCGCGGGCUUACGACGGCGCGCUGGUGGCGGGCGGGCGCGACAUGGAGACGCCCGCGUUCUUGAAGCGGCACCGCGCCGUGGUCAACGUGCGCGGCACCGGCCAGCAGUGCGGGCGUUACGUCAUGCUGGCGCACGCUUACCACAAGGCCGUCCACGACGUGCUGAAGAGCAAGCACAAGAUGCGGUACCGCAACCCCCAAGACCCCCUGUGCACGGCGUUGCACGCAAAGGUGUAUGGGCUGCUGCGCCAGCACGGCAUGUUGAUGGCGGACAAGGUGUCGCAGGCUGAGACCUACGACCUCCUGGCGCGCGAGGUGGGGGACCCCUUUGACUGGACGGGCGUCGGCUUCCCCAUGACCGAGCGCGACUGGGCGACGUUCCAGAGGCGCAACCCCCGCUACGUGGUGGACGUGUACCACUGGCGGGAGCGGGAGCAGGCCGUUGAGGACUCCGAGGUGGAGUCUGACUUAGAGGCAGAGACGGAGGCCGAGGCCGAGGCCGAGGCCGAGGCAGAGGCAGAGGCACCGCCCGACCGGCCAGCAGGCGUGCGCAUCGUGCCUCUGCACGUCUCCCAGCCGACCCAAAAGGAGCGCGAGGGCAAGACUGUGGUGAGGGUGCUGAUGAUCGGCGACCGCAACCGUGCGGGCAGCGACGACGACGCCAACCACUACGUGCUGUGGAAGAACCACAGCGGCACCUGCCUGGCGCUGGCCGGCAGGCCCAACCACAACAGCUGCACCAUCUGCCCCAUCUGCAACGAGCCAUACGCAAAGCGCUCCUACGCCAACCACGAGCUGCUGCACAGCGAGCACGGCUGCAGCACGCGCGUCAACCUCCCCAAGCCCAACAGUCAGGAGCGGUUCGUGACGUUCGGGCGCGAGGCCAUGCAGAGAGGGAUGAACUACCACAAACAGCUGCCCGUGAUUGGCUCAAUCAUAAGCGAUACCGAGGCGACCAACGAGGAAAUGGCCGGCAGCGCCGGUGCCGGCGCGGCGCCUGAACAGGAGCCCAAGACCAACCGCGUGUUCCAGCAUGACCCAAACAGCUGGAGGAUCCUGCCGCUGGACAACAAGGGCAACAAGCUGUCAGACCUGGUCACCAGCUUCGAGCCGGCGGAGGGCACCAGCGGCGAGGCGUGCGUGAUGGCGCUGAUGGACGCCUGCUACGACGCGGCCGUCGCGAUGGAGGAGCGCUGGCGGGCGUCCCUGAAGCCCCUGGACCCUGCCACCGUGCCCCGGGCCGCCCAUGCGAACGCCAAGGAGUGCCACAUCUGCAGGGGGCGCAUGCACCGCGGCUUCGCGACGCUGACCGAGGAGGAGCGCCGGCUGCACGCGCUCUGGCUGGCACAGCCGGUGCAGACCCUGGCCGCCAGGAAGGUGUUUGCAGCGGAGCACCCCGGCGCCGGGCUCAUGUUCCACAAGCAGGAGUGGGCCAAGGUGCGCGACCACGACCACGAGACGGGCGCCUACCGGGGCGCGGCGCACAACUGCUGCAACCGCAGGUACACCAGCAAGGGCUGCCACGUGCCGGUGCUGUUCCACAACGGGCGAGGCUACGACUUCAAGCUGCUGGCCAAGGGGCUGCGGCGGCGCAACUGCCAGGACAAGAUCCGCGUCAUCAUGGCCAACUCUGAGAAGAUCAUUUCCAUCGACUACAAGCGCGGCAACGGCCCCACGCUGCGCUUCCUGGACUCCUGCCAGUUCCUGCAGGGCAGCCUGGAGCAGGUGACCAAGGAGCUGAGGGAGGCGCCCGGCGGGGUGCGCAAGAACUUGCCGCUGACGUCCGCGAUGGUGGAGGACUGGAUGCGGCAGCGCUUUGGCGCCAGCCUGGAGCCCGCGCGGCUGGAGCGGGCGGUGGAGCUGGCCGCGCGCAAGGGCGUCUACCCCUACGAGUGGAGCGACCCCCAGCGCUGGAGCAGCCCCCAGCUGUUUUCUGUGGAGCAGCUGCAGCAGAACCGGCUGUGCGGCGUGAAGAACGGGGACGACGUGCGGGUGGCCGACGUCAUUGAAAAGGACAAGGCGGACGCAGAGGAGGACUGGGCGCACGCCAAGGAAGUGUGGGAGACGUUUGGCAUGCGCACGUUCCGGGACUAUCACAACCUCUACCUGUCCUUGGACGUGCACCAGCUGGGGGACUGCAUGAACAACUUCAGGCGCAGCGUGAUGGCGGACGACGACCUGGGGCUGGACCCCUACUGGUUCUACGGCCUGCCGGGCCUGUCGUACGCGGCGGCCCUGAGGCACGUGGAGCGGCGGCAGCCCAACGUGAGGCUGGAGGCCUUCACACACAAGGAGAUGCUGGACAUGGCGAUGCGCGUCAAGCGCGGCGGCAUCUGCGUGGUCAACAUGCGGCGGCUGCGGGCCAACAACAAGUACAUGAGGGCUGGCUUCGACCCGUCCAAGCCAAGCCGGUACAUCCUGUACGUGGACGCCAAUGGGCUGUACAGCUGGGCCAUGUGCCAGGCGCUGCCGACCGGCAACUACAAGAUGAUCGACGGUGGCGAAGUGGGCGACCUGGAGGCGUUUUUGGCGCGGUACACAGACAAUAGCCCCAGGGGCUGCUUCGUGCAGGUGAAGCGCAUCUGGCUGCCGUCGGAGCACCACGACCGCAUGGGCGAUUACCCCCUGGCGCCGGAGGUCAAGCUGCCGCCCCAAAUGCUGUCGCCGUUCAGCGAGGCCCUGCGCUCGCCCGGCUGCCCGAGCGUGAAGAAGCUGCUGCUGGAUCUCGAGGACAAGCACGACUACGUGCUGCACCACCGCAACCUGCAGUUCCUGCUGCAGCAGGGCUACCGGGUCGUGGGCGUCACCAACGUCCUGGAAUUCGACCAGUCGCCCUGGCUGGCCGGCUACAUCGAGGACAUCACCCAGAAGCGCAUCGCGGCGUCCAAGGCGGGCAACGAGCGGCUGGUGGCGCUGUACAAGCUGCUGAACAACGCGCUGUACGGGCGCCUGAUGAUGGACGUGCUCAACCGCCCCAACCACACAGUGUGUUGGCGGCAGGACCAGCUGGGCAAGCUCAUGAAGCUGCCAGAGUUCCAGGGCAGCUUCGCGAUUAACGAGGAUUUGGAGGGGGUGCUGCUGAGGCAGACCCAGGCCAACGUGGGCACCCUGACGGCGGCCGGUGUGUCCGUGUUGGAGCUAAGCAAGCUGCACAUGCAGCGCUUCCACUACGAGGUGAUGCUGGGGCAGUUCGGCAGGGGCGGCGGCGACCGCGCGCCCCCCAGCAUCAAGCUGGCCUACACGGACACGGACAGCUUGGUGUACGAGAUCACGUACGACGACGCGGGGCUGCCCCUGGCCCAGCGGGGCGACGCGUACGCUGACAUGUACGCGCUCAGGGAGCACUUGGACCUGAGCGGCCUUGGACGCACGAUGCCCGAGUUUUACGACCCCACCAACAAGAAGGUCCAAGGCAAGUUCAGCGACGAGACGGCCGACGCCUGGGCGGAGAGGGACAAGCCCGCGCCGGGGCUGUACGACAACAUCAUCCUGGAGUUCACGGCGCUGCGCCCCAAGGCCUACACGAUGCGGCUGCAGGGCGGCGUGGUCAAGAGCAAGGCCAAGGGCACGCCCAGGGACGUGCUGAAGCGCGAAGUGUUUGAGGCGGACUACGCCCAGGUGCUGGAGGCAUGCAACGCGCUGUUCGGCAGCGGCAAGACGCUGCGGGAGCUGUACGAGGAGGACUCAGACGCCGGCAACGAGGCGCAGGCCAAGCUGCAGCUGAAGCGCAACGUGGCGCAGCUGGGCAGCCACCGGCUGCAGAUGUACCUGCUGGAGACCAAGGGCAGGGUGGUGUUCAGCGGUUUCGAGGACAAACGCCACUGGCUGGACGACGGCGUCACUUCGCUGCCGCACGGCCAUUGGCGCAUCUCAAAACCCGAGUGA